AUGAAGUCGCGUCUUAGCAGCGUCGUACUUUAUUCCGUGGCUACGCUGCCCUUACCAUCUUCUGCGGGGCUUGUGGACUUUAUUGAUGCUGUGUCCAUGUCCAUGACCGCUACAAUUGUCAGUAUUUUUCUCUUAUUGAUUACAAGUCUAUUUCUUCUGUCCGUGUAUCUACUUCCUGACUGGUUAUUGCGCUGUCUCGAAUGGAAUUCACAUUCUUCCGUCCUUUGGAGCGCACGUACGUCAUCCCGUGUAUGUUCGCUAACUAUCGAUGACGCACCGUCAUCAUCUACACCCGCGAUCCUCGAUAUCCUUGGCAAAUAUAACGUCAAAGCCACGUUUUUCAUCAUCUCGGACCAUAUUCCAGGCAACGAGGAAGUGCUACGACGUAUUGUACAAGAGGGACAUGUGCUGGCCAAUCACCUUACAGAGGAUCGAGCUAGUAUUCUUGAUGAGCUUCAUGUGUUUGAGAAGAAGCUGCAGGAAUGUGACCGAGCCAUUAACAAGUUCCAACCGACAGAGAGGGAGAUGUCGCUGCAGGAGACACUGCAGCCACGGCGUGAAGAGAAGAAGAUGAAUACUGUGCAACUAGUAGCAGAUGUUACGGACAAGAUGAUAGAAGCUACUGGAUCUAGAAGCAAGUGGAUGCGUCCUGCAUCUGGCUGGUUUACUACACCCAUGAGAAAAAUUACUGCACGUCAUGGCUAUCGCAUCUGUCUGGGCAGUGUGUACCCACACGACGCACAGAUUCGAUCUGAGACUAUCAACUCGAUGCAUUUGCAAACACGCACGACCUGCGGAUCUGUGAUUAUUGUGCAUGAUCGAUCGUGGACAAUUGGUGUUUUGAAAACAGCUUUACCUGUGCUUACGAGCAAGUUUACGUUCGUGUCUUUGGACAAGCUGGUGUCGUACCAUGAAGGCAAAUCAACAAAAAAUGAUGAAGCUGGCAAAUGA